AUGACGACCGUUGCUCCCCAACAGGCUGCCUCUACGCGCGCUGGAUCCGUGAUGAAUAAGGUCGCACGCAGUGGAUUCGACGCUGCCGGUGGAUCGGGCCUCUAUGACCGUGCACGUCCCUCGUACCCACCCGCUGCCAUUUCUACCAUUGUUGCGGAAGCAGUCAACGCCGAGUCACCCUCGCCGCUGCGCAUUGUCGAGCUCGGUGCGGGCACGGGCAUUGCUACACGCAUGUUGCUGGCAGCGGCCACGUCGGCUAGCGAGGACGGCACACCUCCUCCUGGUGUCGCGUCGCUGGCCGCCAUCGAGCCGUCCGCAGGCAUGCGCUCGCACUUUGAGUCGGCAAUCGCUUCGGGACCGCAGUCGCUCAAACAGCAGAUGCAGCAGCAAGGCCUGCUCUCUCCUUCCACCAGCAUCACGAUCGACGACGGCGCCUUCGAGUCGUUCCAAGCCGGAUCUGGCAACGACGCGGUCGUAGUCGCACAGGCCUGGCACUGGUGUCAGGACUGGGACGCUGCUCUCAAGCAGGUUGCCCAAGCCCUGCGUCCCAACGGCAUCCUCGCUCUCAUCUGGAACCUCGAAGACCGCGAGGCUGCUCCCUGGGUCGCCCAGAUCCGCGACCUGUACGAAGAGUACGAAGACAACACCCCCCAGUACAGGCACAUGUACUGGCGUGCCAUGUAUGAAACGCCCACGUUUGCCAGCCUCUUUAAGGCCGAAGAACCGAGGCACUACCACCGCACCAUCCCUACCACGCUGCAGGGCGUCAUUGACCGCGCAUUGUCCAAAUCCUACAUCUCGGUCCUGCCCCAGGACAAGAGGGACAAGCUGGUCAAUGGCAUGACGGAUCUGCUCAACAAUACGCCUGACGAGAAGCUGGGCAGGAAAUGGAUCGACAAGGAGAAUGGCGUCUGGGAGUAUCCUUACCGCACGGAUCUGUUUAUCUUCCGUCGAGUCUGA